AUGAAUCGAGAUCACAAUAUGGCUAUUCGUUAUCGUUUUUUUAAUCGAUUAGAUCCUGGCGGUCUUCAUCUUUUAAUGCCUAUUCAUGUCAUUCCGACUUCUAUUUUUUCUGUUUUACCAUUCAGCGAAUUUAAAGAUUCUAAUGGAAAACAAAGUAGUAUGGUAACCAUAUUUUCGAUAUGGAAUACAAUGGUUGGGACAAGUUUGUUAGCUGUUCCUUGGGCUCUUCAACAAGCCGGUCUUGUAUUAGGAAUAUUUCUUAUGUUACUAAUGGCUGGAAUUGCUUUUUACACUGCAUAUAGAAUUAUUGAAAGUCCCAAUUCUUUAACAUUGGAAACUUCAACUCCUGACUUUUCUGAUGUUUGUCGUUUUUUAUGGGGCAAAUGGUUGGAAUAUUUUGCUGUUUUCUUUUCUGUUUUGGUUUUAGUUGGCGGUGUUAUUCUUUACUUUGUUUUGAUGUCAAAUUUUCUUUAUUUUACUGGAAAUGUUAUUUAUGAAUCACUUCAACAGAACAGUUCAAUAUUGCCAAUUGGAUUUAAUCAAACUUGUGAUGUUUAUUGCCCUAAACAAAUUGAAAAUGCAUUUCCAAACGAUUUUCUUUCACUUUCACCAAGUGGUAUAUUUUCGAAAAUAUCUUUUGGAGAAAAUGAGAGCAAUUUUCAGAAGAUUUGGAGAUUACAGGGUGGUGUUCCUUUGAUACUGGCAUUUUGUAUCUUCCCUUUACUGAAUUUUCGUUCUCCAGGCUUUUUUAUGCGUUUCAAUGGUCUUGGAACAAUUUCUGUAGUUUAUUUAAUUUGUUUUACUUUGAUAAAAAGUGCUGAAUGUGGAUUUAAUUUAGAUUUUACAAAUCAUCUUUCAAAGAAUUAUAUACAACUUUUUAAUUGGAAAUUUCCUGCAUUAACUGGUACUUUGGCAUUAGCAUAUUUUAUUCAUAACGCUAUUUUAACAAUUUUGAGAAAUCAAAAACAUCCUGAAAAUAAUGUAAAAAAGUUUUCUUUGUUUUUUGAAAAUAUUUUUAAGGCUCGUGAUUUAUUAAUUGGUUAUUUUCUUUCAGCUGGUUGUUAUAUAAUAAUUAGCUUAUUCUUUUUUACCACUUUUCCAACUUAUCGCAAUUGUAUUUCUGAUAAUUUUUUGAACAAUUUUGCAAGUGGAGAUAUGCUUAGUGCAAUUGCUAGAGUUUUUCUACUCUUCCAAAUGUUGACAGUUCUUCCUUUACUUAUGUAUUUAAUACGUGUACAGUUUAGUUAUGUCUUUGCUGGAACUGUUUAUCCAGGUCUUUUUUAUGUUCUUUUAAUUAAUGGUGGUAUUUUAACUAUUGCAUUAUUUUUUGCUGUUGUCUAUCCACAUGUUGGCCCAAUUAUUCGUUAUGUUGGUUCAAUUUGUGGAUUAGUUUAUAUGUUUAUUCUUCCUUGUGCCGUCCAUCUAAAACGUUUACAAAUACAAGGCCGCCUUAAUAAUGUGCAAAUAGCUAUACAUUGUUUAAUUAUGUUAUGUGGAGUUCUCAAUCUUUUUGCUCAAUUUUUUGUUUAA